GGCAGUAAGCGAAAUGACAGUGACAUUAAAUCGCAUGCAAUGCAAUGAACCUUAUUUUUGUACUUUUAUAAUUCUGCUCAAGUUAUGGAUUCGGAACCAAAAAACAAAGUUGUUGUUGGUGUACCAGCUAAAACUUUAUCUUCGCAAGGAUAUGCUAUUUGUUUUUUCCCAGAGCAGCCUCCAAGGAAAAUUGUCGAUGUCCCCGCCCAAGAAAACGAGGAAGUGUUUAAAAAAACUGAAGUAAAAAAAGUUGAAGCUGAAACUAUCCCAUUAGGAAAUGUCAAGUACAUAAGACUUCACUGGAGGAACCGAAUAACCUACGUGAUCGGCUUCAUGGCCUUCACUCUCUCCCUAAACAACGCCUACCACUUCCCUAUGAACAUUUACCGGUACGGCGGUAAUUUUUUUAUCCCUUACACCGUUGUCACGAUAUUCGUUGGCUACCCUCUGCACGUGUUGCAAACUUCCAUGGGCCAAUACAGCCAACGUGGGGUGCUAUGGAUGUGGGAAUGCGCCCCUUUUUGCUGUGGGGUCGGAGUGGCAAUGGUCCUAGCCUGCUUCCUUGUGGCUUUGUACCACAACAUUUUCGCCGCUUACGCCCUGGUUUAUUUCGCCCAUUGCUUCCACUUGGUCCUUCCAUGGACCUACUGCAGCGAGGUGGAGGACGCCGAUGCCCACGCGUGCGCGCCCCCAUCAUGGUACAUCUCCCAGAACAUCAACUUAUCCUCACAGGAGUACUUCUACAACGUUGUGGUCGACACCAACGACAAGUCGCAUUACUUGUGGUCGUUGGGCUCGAUUAAGUGGUGGCUGGUCCUGUCCUUGGCUUUCUCAUGGGUUGUUUGCUACAUUGCCGUCCUUCGCAGUGUUCGAUCGAUUGGGAAAAUUUGCAUUUUCAUUAUUAUUUUGUCGUACUUUACGCUCCUGACGCUGAUUAUUGUGGCGCUUCAGUUGAAACAGUUUGGGAAAUUUUCGGAGGUUCUUUCCGGGGUUAAGGGGUACGUGUCUUGGUGGAAUUUUGAGAUGUGGUGUGUGGCCACGAUUCAGGUGAUUGUUGAGCUGGGCUUGUGUUAUGGCAUUCCCAUAACUUACGCUUCCUUUUGCCAUUUUCGGAACAACUACCAAACCGAUUCGCUUAUUCUGUGCUCGAUGAACUAUUUGCAUUCUUUGAUUUUUUUCUUCAUAUUUUUUUCGUUUAUGGUUCGGUAUUCGUGCGAUACGAAGGAUUUUCUUCGCCGAUUGCCCGAGAACACGAUCGAGAUGGUUUACAUCAUGUAUUCGGAAGCUUUUGCUAAUUUACCCGGGAGCCAGAUUUGGUGCAUGAUUUUUUUCCUUAUGCUGUUUUUUAUGCUAAUUGGGACACAAAUUGCGUUUCUUGAAGCUAUCAUGACUGCGAUUUACGACAAUUUCGUUUACUUGUCCAAAGCUCGUCCGUGUAUCAAUUUUCUGGUUUGUGGCGGUUUGGCUCUGCUGAGUGUUGUGUUCUGUUUCAGCAACGGUUUGUAUCAGGCUGUCUUCGUGGGUUCUUUUCCCAUUUGGAUCACUGUGCUUCCGCUUUCGAUUUUAUUUGUCGUAGGGAUUUUGUUUGUUUACGGCUUGAAUCAGUAUUUUCGGGACAUGAACUUGAUUCAGAAAGAUAGAAACAACUUGAAGUUGAAAUUUUUUUUGUUUGCUUUGUUGGCUGUUUUAAUUUUUGCUUUGUUUAUUGUGACAAUUGUAAGGCCGGUGAAUACGUUGAGUGGUGAUCAGAAUUAUGAUUUCACACAUGUUGUUAUAAUGUGGUUUGUUUAUGCGGUGUUUAUUGGUGUAAUUAUCGUAUUUGCUUUUUUGUGGACUAUGCAUUGUAGAGUUGCACGGAAGCAGGUGUUCGGUUCGUCGGUUUCUUGGAUGAGGUUUUAUAAUGAGAGGGCUGAGGCUAGAGGACAGUUUAGUUACGAGUAUGUGCCUUCGUAUGUUUGGGGGUGGAAUUCACAUUAAUAAAGCAACAUUUUUAAUAACUAA